CUCUACUCCCAUCCCUCUAAGUUUCGACGACCUCCGCGGCCCGGCGUGUUCCGGAGUCCAGAGUCCAGUGGAGUGAGGCCUCCUCCUCCUCCUCUUACACGACCGAUCUCGAGGGCCCUCGAGAAAACGCCCCGAAGUACCCCUGCCCCUGUCAGUGUGAUCAGUCGAGAGUCACGACGACGACGGGACGAGACGAUGGAGAGGGAGAGUUCGAUCGCAUCCCGCAGACCGAUACGGUGAUCGUCUGAUUGAUUGCUGGCUGGUCGAUCGGCUCCUCGACGAUGCGCCCGGCGCGCACUCGGUCUUGGUGAGCUUGGUUCGGCCGAUUCGAGUGAGGAUCGUGAGGGCGAAGCGGCAGCGUUUAGAUGGCAUGGCGCCGUGGGUGUGGACGAAAUUGCGACAUCCUUUCACUCCCGACGAUGUGCUAGCGUCGCGGAAGAUCGUGUCGUCGCUGUCGUUGCCGGGCUUCACGUCCCAUUUCGUGCUGGCUUUGACGGAUCCGCGCAAUCCUUCCAGCGUGGUCUACUUGCUGUCCGUGGAGAAAUUGUCCGAGCGAUCCGUGGCCGACAUUCGUGAUCUGGUGGCCGCCGUCCGGCCCAGCUCGGUCGUCGCCUUCGUGGACGAUAAGUACAUUGCGGACAUCGGGGACGAAGAGAAUUCGCUCGACGGAGGCCGCGAGGAGUCUCUGCACGUGCCGACGACGGUGUUCGAUGUUCUGAAGCAGACCUUUCUGGAAUCGAGCAAAGCCAGCGUGUACGAGAGCCGCGCGGGACUCAGGUUACUGAUCAGCGUUUUCGGCACCACGUUUUAUGGCAACGUCAUCGCUGCCAAAAAGGCUGCGCAAGAAGCCGGAGCGAAUUUCGAGUACCUGCGCUUCCCGGCUACGGCCGUCGACUCAUUUUUGAAAGAGGAUUCGGAGGAUUCCGGGCCGACCAGCGAAGCAGGGGCCGAUCCGUCGUCGGAUUCCGCGGUUUCCAGUGCGUUGGAUAGAGUCUUGAAUGCUUUGUCGGAAUUUUUAGGAGACUGCAAUUCCGAAAACCUCACCAGUGCAUCGCAAAGGGUCGUCACGAGGUCUCUUCGAGCAUCGUAUCCGCAGGAAUUGCGAGCUGUCGCUCCCUCGUACGCCUCGACUCUCUCGAGAACCCAGCCUGCGUUAGCGUUAGCGUCAGUGGCGGAUAGGGAUCAGGAUUCUGCUCCCUCGGUGAAGAAGUCGUCGGAAGAUGAUGAAGUGGAAGCUGACUGCCCUCCCUUCGCGGUCCCUUUUUUCCCACUCUUCGUCGACCUUCAUAAUCUGUUCAACGAGACUCCGUUCGUCAACCAGGCUUUGAGUUAUUCGAGGAACUUGUUGAAAUCCGUCGAUAAUGGAGAGGAUGUGAAUCACGAAGAUUUGGCUGGGUCUCGUGCCUUUCGUGUAGCGGUGGAGUCGGUGAGAUUGUCUUGGAAUUCCCUAACUCAGCGAUCGAGAGGGACCAGUGAGUCCAAAGACUUUGCUCUGCUUCCUUACGAAGAGAAAUGUCAGGCGUUGCUGGCGACAGCUCUAAAGCAUCAGGGUGAGAAAUGCAAAAGUGUGGUCGCCAUUGUCGAUGCCAGCAAUGUUCCCGGCAUUUGGAAGCAUUGGAAUACGCCGGUACCAGCAGAAGUAGCAGCUUAUGCCGAGUAUUGUUUCGUACCUAUGGGCUCUGGCGAUUCGGAAGAAGACAUCGGAUUGUUCAAAAGCAUGGUUAUGGAGAAACCAGAGACCAAAGCUGCGGUUGUUGUGAGCGCCGGGGCUGCUGCUGCCGUGGGGCUGGUCUCUCUGCCAUCUAUAUCAACAAUUGCCAAAGUUUUGACUUUCAAAGUUCCUUCAGUAUUGAAGAUCGUCUUCAUGCAAGUCAAACGAAGUGCGAUCAUUUCUUUGACCAAGGCAAUCACUCCAGCUUCUAACGUAGUCCUGCCUGCUUUCAAGGCUGUGGGAUCUGGGAACAUGGCAUUCGUUCCCUCGUCCACGGUGAAAGCUGUGGCACUCAAAUCUGCUGCAACUGCAGAGAAAGCGCGAAUGGCUGCUCAUAGCAUGGUUGCUGCGGCCGAGAGGGCUAGUUUACAGGCCAUAAGAACAGCUUUCUACAGCCUCAUGAAGAAUAGACAAGCCAAAAAUGUUGGACCUCGUCCUUGGCUCAUGCUCGCGGGUACUCUGACCACUGCAGCUGGAGUUUGGUGCUAUGGAGAGGGCCUGGAACAUGCGAUCAGUAUUGCCCCUAGCGCGCCUGCUGUUGCCAGGCUCGGUCGAGGUCUGGAGAAACUGGAACAGGCUUCCCAGGCUGUUGCUGAGGUCGAAGGUCGGAGUAAUUGGGACCGUGUUUACAGGCUUCUUUACAGCAAGAAAUCUUAGCAUGUCUGAGCUGUAGUUUGAGAAUUUGGUGAGAAUUAUUCUUGCAGUUGAGGUGAUUUCAGGUAUUCUGGUGUAGUCGCGCGGAUGAUAUCUCUAUCCUUAUCGAGAACUACACAGGAAAUGUCAGAAGGAAAUGCUAUGGCAUGUGAGCGUUGAACAAAUUAACAAUGUAUAUACUUCAGGUAUACUUUCGCGGAAAAUAUUCGGGUUGAGAUCAGAAGCUCUGCGGCAUGGAUUACAUAUUGUCGCAUCUGGUUGCAAAUUUCUCCGCGCGGUGAUGGAAGCUUAGCCUGCUGGCAUGACGACUGCCGCUCAACCUCCAAGUAGUCAAGGAUACAUAGACCUUACGAAGGACAUUAUGCAGCUCCUGGCGAACCAGGUGCAACUGAAACUAGUGUGGAGUCGCUUUACGUGCAUAACUUUCGACCCGUGGAUGGAAAGAUUGUACGGGGAAGUGUUCUGUAGGGGAAGUAUGACCAGCCACUGUUUUCAUUCCUUACACACACACUGGCUUUGAAAAGUGGUCCUUUCUUGAGGACCGUAGGUUAUUGAGUGUUGCAACUUCGGAGUGGGAUCCUAGUUACGAAAAUAUCUGCAAAUGAAAUGUUUAUUUGUCGAUCCCUGGUAUCAUAGCCGAGAUGUGUUGAAGGGGUGCAGCAUUGCCGUCCCCCGCACCAAAUGUGGAUAAAGAGCGACAAACAGCUGCCAUCGGACAUCAAUUGAAUCUAUUUGUAUGCUUGUAUGCGGCUCAAUGUCAAUGCCCCUGAUCUCGGACUUAUUCAGCUGCUUGUUCUGUUAUAUUUCGUUUUUCUUAAUUCUAGCCGUUAAGACAG